UGCUGAACUCGCUUACACAAGUAGAAGAGCCAAGGACAUCUCAUCCCUUCUCGGGCGCGAGUCUCUGUCUUAUUCAACGGACGCUUGUCUACUCUUAUCCGGACGCCCCUUGCAUAGGUGAAAGCUAGAGCUAGACGAUUGCAGGGGAACCAAUCUACUCUCCUUGUCUUCCCAUUGGAGGAUAGCAUGCAAUAUUGUUUUCAAUCCACAAACACUUUCCACAAAUAUUUUCCAGGCCUUGGCCUGGGAAAAGAUGCUCCCCUCCUCAUAGAACCCCCAUAUGAUCUCUUCUUCCCAAACUUCUCCAUCUCCCUCUUGGCUUCUGAGAUUCUUCAGCCCGAUGCUUCCAAAAGAGCCAGUUGUUUGGUAGAACUGAAUUGUUUAUUCCAUUUUAGGACCCUUGCUAGUAGAGCAUCAGUUCCCACGACUCUGCAAUUGGCUUGUAUCCCGAGGAUUGGAAGCGUACCAAGUCACUUUGCGGAUGCCAGUGAACAGAACGAAGAGGAGAAGUGCUGCAGUAAAAAAUUGGCUUCUGAGGAAGGGAAAGCUAAAGGGAAGAAUUCUUGGAAUGAUCUGCCUAAAUUCCUCCUGGCAGGUGCAGUGUCCACAAUCAUUUCCAGGACAUGCAUUGCACCCUUGGAGAGGAUAAAGCUGGAGUGCCUCGUCCAUGGAUCAAAGUAUUCAUGUGUGAAAUUAAUCAGAUGGAUCUGGGUUACUGAAGGAUUCAGAGGAUUUUGGAAGGGCAAUGCUCUAAAUCUCUUCCGCAUGGUUCCCUUCAAAUCAAUCAACUUCAUAUGCUAUGACAUGUACCUGGCUCAUCUCCUCAGCAUCCCAGGAAAAGAAGGGAUCAAAAAUCAUGAUAGACUCAUUGGUGGCGGUCUAUCGGGUGUUCUUGCGACUGUGCUCUGCAUACCCAUUGACACGAUUCGAACAAGACUGGUCGCUCCAGGUGGCAAAGCUCUCGGAGGCGUGGCAGGGUGCUUCUGUCAUAUGGUACAGAAAGAGGGCUUCCUUUCCCUCUACAAGGGCCUUACUCCGGCGCUCUUAAGCAUGGGUCCGGCCAGUGCUGUCUUUUAUACGGUCUAUGACAUCCUCAAGAGUUCCUAUCUCUCUCAUAGGAAGAAGAUGAGUGGAGAUGAGACUGAAUUAGGAGCUAUAAGGACCUUAAUUUACGGUGCCAUCGCUGGGGCCUGUGCGGAGACAGUAACAUACCCCUUGGAAGUCGUAAGGAGGCAGCUCCAGCUCCAACAGGCUACCAACUUGGGUCUGGCUUCAGUCUUCACUCAGCUGAUGGAAAGAGAUGGAGUCGGAUCACUUUUUGCAGGCCUGUUUCCGAGCACGCUUCAGGUAUUGCCAUCAGCAGCUUUCAGUUAUUUCUUCUACGAGAUGAUGAAGUCAACUCUGAAAAUCAACUAACUUCUUGCUCUUCUUGUGUAACAUUCGUUUGUUUACCUUGUUACGCCUAUUGAUUGUUUGCAAAAACAUUGCAGUGAUUUUUUUUUCCUGAUAAUAAGGGAGGCCGUAAGCCACCCAAAGUUGCAGUGAAAUUAGAUGGUGUUAAAGAUCAUAUUCGCCCAUGCCAAGGUCAAUACAUGUCCUUCUCACCAUCCAAAAGUAUGCUUAAUUAUUCUCUGUCAA